AUGUCCGUUAUUUGUGAAGCCACCAGCAGGAGUUAUGUUAUCGAAGACAGCACACCUUCUCUCCCCGCAUCCGCGUUGCCCCGCCAAGACAGCGGGCUCUGCGCACGCUGCGAGGUCCUGGCCCUAGACGACGGUAAGCAGGGCGGCCAGGUCAGAACCGAAAAUGGCGAGGACUUCGUAUCGUUCGGAGAUAAGAGAUGGCUGGACCUGGACUACAAGCUCGAAGACCGCCUGCCGGAUCUACCCGCUCUCAGCGCAUCUGCGACCGCCGGUUGCGGCUUUUGUCGACUUCUCAAAAUCGCCAUCUUGAGGCUCGUGGGCGGCGAAAAGACUCCCGUCCCACCUGACAGGUCACAUGUCCUGGCCAAGCACCUCAAGUUCCUGCUCAAACCAGGCCACAACCACGACCAUUUCCGCUCAAAUCACGACAGAGAUCAAACCGUCUUUGACGAGCUUGCGAUAGAGCUGUUUUUCUCUCGCGAUGAACACAUCGACGAAUGCCGAAAGCCGAGACCCAGUGCUGGUCACGCGAGCGUUGGGACUUCGGAGUGGCUGUUGUCCCCGAGGAAGCUUGUUUUCAGAGAUGACAUGGUGUACUUCCAGGCGGGCACGCGUCGAGAAGCGGAGAACGGCUAUAUCACUCACGAUGAAUCGUUAGAUGAAUGGUCGAACUCCCUCAAGAACACGGAAACGGCAAUGCAGAGAUGGUACGAGCUCAUGGAGGAGUACUCGCUGAGAGACCUGACCUACCAACAAGACCGUCUCCCUGCCAUUUGCGGGUUGGCACGAGAUGUGUCCGAUCGUCUUGGUUUGGAGUAUGUUGCCGGCCUGUGGGCGUCCGAUCUACAGAAAGGGCUGUUGUGGACAACCUUGGCAGAAGACGAUGAAGACAAGAUUCCGCUGACCCAGCGACUUGCUGAACUAACGAGCACUGAUGCGUACUUGGCUCCAUCAUGGAGCUGGGUUUCCUACCCUCACGGAAUCCUUUGGUCUUUACCUGGACUUGACCUCUCGAGCUCUCACAUAUCUCUCCUCCCAAGCUGUGAGCUCGUUUCAGCUGUAACCACUGCUGACGGUCUAAAUCCAUUUGGGCGCAUCAAAGCCGGACACCUCAAAAUCCGCGGCAAGUUCUGCCAGUUGCCGUCACCGAAGGUCUACCUAGCAUCGAAGUCUCAGUCCAGGCUGUUGACUAUCCGAACGACAAAACCAGACCGUGAUAUCGCGACAGUAGAACUUGACUUCCGUUUCGAUCACCACAUUACCUAUGAAGGAUUCAUCACGCCCCUUACCUUGCGCGACACACCGCUGGAAGGUCUUUCGCUGCUGAUGACGUCCAAGUUGGACGACAAGACGGUUGGUGGACUCAUACUUCUGCCAACAGGAGUUGAAUCAGAGUUUCGGAGGGUGGGAAUAGUCGUCUCCAAUCCCCGAGGCAUGAGGGCUUUUGAUGAGUUUGAGACUCACAAAAUUCGGAUCGUCUGA